GUUAUUCCUCUGAGUCAGCACAAGGUCUUCUUUCAAGCUUACUGAGCCCUAUCACCGCUUUCGUAUUGCCCAUCUUAUCGGUCGCAUUAGACCUGAAACAAUUUAUUGACCAAUUCAAGAUAUGGCCAAAGCUUCUCGCUAUUUUCAGACUUUCAAACACAAACGAUUUAGUCACUGAUCGAACAACGAAAUGAACAAAGUUCUGCUACCGAUUAUCGCGGGCCUGCUCCUGCUCCUCCUGCUCGGCGUGGAAGCUCAUCCCCAAACAGAUCUCAAUGGAAGGAUUGUGGGUGGAUCAGACACUUCCAGUUUCUACACAAAGUAUGUGGUGCAGUUGCGCCGACGCAGUUCCAACUCUAGUGCCUAUGCCCAAACCUGUGGCGGCUGCAUCCUGGACAAGGAUACCAUUGUUACUGCCGCCCAUUGUGUGUACAAUCGUCUGGCGGAGAAUUUUCUGGUCGUAGCGGGUUCGGAUAAUAUUGGCAGCAUGGAUGGCGUAGUAGUGCGAGUGGAGAAACUGAUACCCCAUGAACUGUACAACGCCACCACCACCGAUAACGAUAUAGCUUUGGUAAAGGUUACUCCUUCUUUGCCCUUGGCUACCUAUGCCGCCAUGGAGGCCAUUGAGUUGUCCACUGAGGAACCGAAAGUGGGUGCCACGGCCACUAUUAGUGGUUGGGGUUACACUACCGAGGGUGGUCGCUCCUCCAAUCAGCUGCAGCAGGUCACUGUUCCAAUUGUGGACUCUGCCAAGUGCCAGGAAGCCUACUACUGGAGACCCAUUAGUGAGGCCAUGAUCUGUGCCGGUGUUUCGGCGGGCGGCAGGGAUGCCUGUCAAGGAGACUCCGGUGGACCUCUGGUGGUUAAUGGCAAGCUCGCUGGCAUUGUUUCCUGGGGCGAGGGUUGUGCACGUCCCAACUAUCCAGGAGUUUAUGCGAACGUGGCCUACUUCAAUGAAUGGAUAACGAACCCCUCAGUCCUCGAUAUGUCGCCUUCCUGGUUGGUUUACCUUUCCGCUUGUCUCAUCUGCUGCCUGGUGGCCACCACCACGGUUCGUGGUUUGCCCCUUCAGGAGGAUCAGGAUGCUAAGAUUGACAUCCCUGAUGGACGCAUCGUUGGUGGCUAUGUCACCGAUAUUGCUCAGUGUCCGUAUCAGAUCUCGCUGAGAUACAAGGGCAUCACCACGCCGCAGAAUGCUUACUCGCAUCGCUGCGGUGGUUCCAUUAUCUCCAGCAACGAGGUGCUAACGGCGGCGCACUGCGUCAUUGGAACGGUGCCCAGUCAGUACAAGGUGGUGGCCGGUAGCAAUUACCGCACCGGAUCGGAUGGCGUCAUCACCUCCGUGAAGGAGAUCAUCAUGCACGAGGGUUACUUCUCUGGAGCGGCCUACAACAACGAUGUGGCGCUGCUCAUCCUGGAUCCUCCGCUGCCCCUGAACAACUUCACCAUCAAGGCCAUUCAGUUGGCUUCGGAGCCACCGCUACCGGGAGCCAUAAGCAAGAUCAGCGGCUGGGGAACCACCUCCUCCGGCGGUACGGCCUCCGACGUUCUCCUGGCCGUCGAUGUCCCCAUAGUGAGCAAUGAGGUUUGUAAUCAGGAUUACGAGGACUUUGGGGAUGAGACCUAUCAGAUUACCAAGGAAAUGUUGUGUGCCGGCAAGCGCGGUGUGGGCGGUGCGGAUGCCUGCCAGGGUGACUCUGGUGGUCCGUUGGUUGUACGGGAUCAGCUGUAUGGAGUGGUAUCCUGGGGCAACAGGUGCGCUCUGGCUGAUUAUCCCGGAGUCUAUGCCAAUGUGGCCGAGCUCAGUUUGAUACGAACCUCUCGCCCGGACAAAUCGACGGAAUCAGCAGUGACCAUGUGCAUCCCACAGCCUCAGCUUAUAAUGCCGUUCCUGCUGCUACUGGUCCUGGCCAUUGGAGUAUCCUCCGAGGGCUCUGUGCAACCACAGCCCAGGAUUAUCAAUGGCACCACAGUGGACGUGGCCCGUCAUCCGUAUAUAGUCUCCCUGCGCUACCGUCGCGAUGUGGAGGAUAGCUACAAGCACGAGUGUGCCGGUGUCAUAUACUCGGAGCAUGUACUCCUCACCGCUGCCCAGUGCCUGCACAACCUGGCGGCGGAGACCAAGCUGCUGGCUGUCGUGGGCGCCAAUACCCGCACCGGACCCGAUGGCAUCAUCUACCCCGUGGCCAAUUGGACGCAUCACAAGAACUUUGACUACUACACCGCUGACUAUGAUAUCGGAGUACUCUUCUUGGACACUCCCCUGAACCUCAGCCACUUUGGCAUCAGCAAGGUCGGCAUCCGGCCGGAGCGUCCGGCAGUGGGUCGCCUGGCCACCGUGGCCGGUUGGGGCUAUCGCGAGGAGUGGGGUCCCUCCAGCAAUAAUCUAGAGCAAACCCAAGUGCCGGUGGUCGGCACCGAGCAGUGCAACGAGAUCUAUGGUGCCGGUGAGGUCACUGAGCGGAUGAUCUGUGCGGGUUAUGUGACCGAAGGAGGCAGCGAUGCCUGCCAAGGUGAUACUGGUGGGCCUCUGGUCAUUGAUAAUCAGCUUGUGGGACUGGUGUCCUGGGGACGUGGUUGUGCCCGACCCAACUAUCCCACGGUAUAUACCUACGUGGCCAGUUUUUUGGCUUGGAUCGAAGAAAUAAUUGCCGCCGGUGGAGCGCAAUAAAUAAAGGAAUUUCAAAGGCAAUUGAUACGCUAUCUUUCCGGAUAGAGCUACCUAAUGGAAUACAAUAAAAAACCGUAAUCAAACAAACAAUA